UUUCUGAUUAUGUGAGCGACCUGACCGGAAAACGACGAGGCUCAGUGCGGCGGAGGCAGAGGAAAGAUGGCAGCCGCGGCAGUGGCUGAGUUUCAGAGAGCACAGUCUCUUCUUGGAACAGACAGGAAUGCCUCUAUCGAUAUCCUACAUUCAAUAGUGAAGCGAGACAUUCAGGAGAGUGAUGAGGAGGCGGUGCGUGUUAAGGAGCAAAGCAUCCUGGAGCUGGGUGGACUGCUGGCCAAGACCGGACAGGCUGCAGAGCUUGGGGGUCUGCUGAAGUAUGUGCGGCCUUUUCUUAACUCUAUCUCUAAGGCCAAGGCAGCUCGGCUGGUUCGCUCCCUGCUAGACAUGUUCCUAGACAUGGAGGCCGGCACAGGGCAGGAGGUAGAGCUCUGCUUAGAGUGCAUAGAGUGGGCCAAGGCUGAGAAGAGGACAUUCCUCAGACAGGCACUAGAGGCUCGUCUCAUCUCACUGUAUUUUGACACAAAGAGCUAUCAGGAGGCACUACAACUUGGCUCCCAGCUGCUACAGGAGCUGAAGAAGAUGGAUGACAAAGCGCUCCUAGUGGAGGUUCAGCUGCUGGAGAGUAAGACGUACCAUGCGCUCAGUAACUUGCCUAAGGCCCGCGCUGCCCUUACCUCUGCCAGGACAACUGCCAACGCUAUCUACUGUCCACCUAAACUACAAGCAGCUUUAGACAUGCAGUCAGGGAUCAUACAUGCAGCAGAGGAGAAAGACUGGAAGACGGCUUACUCGUACUUCUAUGAGGCUUUUGAGGGCUAUGAUUCCAUCGACAAUCCCAGAGCUAUCACAGCCCUCAAAUACAUGCUGCUCUGCAAGAUCAUGCUUAACGCGCCAGAGGAUGUUCAAGCCCUCAUCAGUGGAAAGCUAGCUCUGCGGUAUGCUGGCAGACAAACAGACUCUCUAAAAUGUGUGGCACAUGCCAGCAAGAACCGGUCGCUUGCAGAUUUUGAAAAGGCACUAACAGAGUACAAAGCAGAGCUGAGGGAUGACCCCAUCAUCAGCACCCAUCUGACCAAGCUGUAUAACAACCUACUGGAGAAGAAUCUCAUCAGGGUCAUCGAGCCUUUCUCCAGGGUUCAGAUAGCACACAUUUCCACUCUCAUCAAACUCUCGAAGGGAGAUGUGGAGAGGAAAUUAUCACAGAUGAUUCUGGAUAAGAAAUUUCAUGGUAUUUUGGACCAAGGUGAAGGUGUGCUGAUUGUCUUUGAGGAGCCAGUUGUGGACAAGACAUAUGAGGCAGCCCUGGAAACCAUUCAGAAUAUGAGUAAAGUGGUCGACUCGCUCUAUAACAAAGCCAAGAAGCUAACAUAAGACAAAGAAACCAUCUGUCCUCCUAUCCGGAGUGAUGUUGGCUAGUCAGAACUCUGUCGAUCGCUCACUUCAGCCUGGGAGGGAUGAGGGGAAGAGGACUAGAACACUACAAACGCUCAUCAAUCCAGCAAGAAAACAAACCAGCUGACCAAUUGAUGACAACUCAACACUGACAGUGCUUGGGCAUGCUACUCCUUCUUCGCCCUCCGCUCUUCCUCUCCUGUCACUGUCAGUUCCUUCCACUCUGACUAGGUUGAUCUGACACAAAGUGCACCUCCCUGCGGACAACUCCAGGCACUACGUUCCUCUUCUCCCACCUCUGGUUUCUGCUGUGUAAAAUUGGAAAUGCCUCUUUUUUCUGUUUCUGUCUGCGCUGGCCAUCAGGGAAUCUUGUAAAAUAACUACAAAGAAUGCAUAUACAGUACUUAUACAUACAUGUAUUAUAAAACACAAACUGUAACCUGGGCUUAUAGUGGGUGGGUUGGUUGGUUGGUUGGUUGGUUGGUUGGUUGCUGUGUCCUCUACUGGAUUCUAUCGGUAAUUUCAGUUUUCCAACCAACCCUGAAAAUGAAUGUUUUAAUUUUUGUGAUUUAUUGAGGUUGUGAAGAAUUAGCUCACUAGGUCCCCUUGAGAAUGGUUUGGAAAAUGCAGGCCAUCAGUGCAAUUCCCCUUCCCCAUCUCCUCAAAACCUGACCUUUACCUCUACUCUCACUUUUUUCAGUCUGAGUGCUAUCACUUGAUCACAAAGCAUUCGGGGAUUUGUAGACCAUACAGGGAGUUUUCCCAUUUGUCAACUUGGGAUCAUGCCCCCCCCCCCGUCACUUCCUGUUUGUAUAUACCAAUUGCCAAGCGCCUCUGUUCAUCAAAGGCCUCAUGUAUCAACACUGUCCCCCUUUUUUAUAAUGCAUAAGAAUAAAACAAACCUUGCCAUCGAGAGCUGUCAGUCACACAGUGUGCUUUUUAUGCUCAAGAUGUGACUAGAGGAGAGAACUCUGCAUAUUGAGAUAUGGUUGGCUGUGCAGAAAAGGGCAGGUUAUGUGAAGAAAAUAAACGUACAUUUCUGGUAACUUAAUUUUGCAAAGACAUGAGGGAUUACAAUGUAUGACAUUCAGAAAGACAAAUGCUAAUAAAAGUUUAAACCUGCAA